AUGAAUUUAGAUGGAGUGGCUGAGGUGACAUUAACAUCAGGUGGCCCCAAUCUUAGUAAAGAAGAUGAUGUCAUCCGCGGAGAGUGCAGAUACCUCAGUGGCGCUGAGGACUCAAGAGAAGCUCGGGAAAUUCUGGGGAAAUUGAUGGAUGGAAAUGAGUCAGGAGCUUCCAAAACCCCCGUAGUUGAAGGCAGUUCUGAAUUAAGGUCUCAGAAUUCCCAAGGAACUAGGCCUAUGCAGAAAAGCUUGGCCUUUGUAGGACUUUGGUGGAAGGGAACACAGCAGCAGUGGCAGCAAUGGAAUUUAGAUUCAGGCCUUCAGGGAUGGUGCCGGGCUAAAUUGAAGUUAACCUCAGUGGAGAAUAGCACAGAAGCAACAGAGUUCAUCCUCUUACGAUUAACAGAUGACCCCAACCUCCAGGUUCCCCUCCUCCUGGUAUUUUUGUUCAUCUACCUCAUCACUUUGGUUGGGAAUGGUGGGGGGGGGGUGAUGCUGGUCAUCUACUCAGACUCCCACCUCCACACUCCAAUGUACUUCUUCCUCAGCAAACUUUCCUUUGUCGAUCCGGGUUACUCAUCAGCCGUAGCUCCCAAGACAGUGGCCGCGCUGCACUCAGGAAACAAACUCAUCUCCCACAAUGGAUGUGCUGCUCAGUCCUUCUUCUUUGUGGGUUUUGCCACCGUCGAGUGCUACCUCCUGGCCUCCAUGGCCUGUGACCGCCAUGCAAUGCUGUGUAGGCCCCUUCAUUACGGCACCACCAUGACAGCAGGUGUGUGUGCCCUCCUGACGAUGGGCUCCUAUGUCUGUGGCUUCCUCAAUGCCUGCAUCCACACAGCAGACACCUUCAGACUCUCCUUCUGUGGUUCAAACGAGAUGAAUCCCUUUUUCCGCGAAGUCCCUCCACUCCUGGCUCUCUCGUGCUCCAACACAUGCAUGAGCAAGCUGGUGGUCUUCUUUGUCGUGGGCUUCAAUGUCUUUUUCACCCUCCUGGUCAUCCUCAUCUCUUACUUCUUCAUAUAGGUUGCCGUUUGACGGAGGCAUUCUGCGGAAAGAAGGAGGAAAGCCUUCUCCACCUGUGCGUCCCAUCUCACGGCCAUCUCCAUUUUCUAUGGAACAAUCAUCUUCCUGUACUUACAGCCCAGCUCCACCCACUCCGUGGACAUGGACAAAAUAGCAUCUGUGUUUUACGCGGUGGUGAUUCCCAUGCUGAACCCCUUGAUCUACAGUCUUAGGAACAAAGAAGUGAAACAUGCUCUCUGGAAAAUACUCAACAAACUUAAUUCCCAGUCUUUAAGUGUGAGUAGGAAGUAG